AUGAGUUUUUUCACACACCUUUCCAUCUUCUUUGUUUGCUGUUCUUUUUCUAUACAAAAUCAGUUUGCAGUUUCUGCCACUUUAAGUAUUGAAACUGACAAACAAGCUUUAAUCACCAUCAAAUCUCAAACAACUACGCAACCACCAGAAGCUUUAUCGACAUGGGAUCCAGCAAGCCCAUCUCCAUGCAAUUGGACCGGAGUGUUGUGUGAUGAUCGUAAUGGAAGAGUCAUCGGUCUUGACCUCUCCAUGCUUCGGAUAACUGGUCCAGUUAGCCCAUAUAUCGGGAACCUAUCGUUUCUCAGAUCACUUCAACUUCAAAACAACCAAUUUAACGGUAUUCUUCCUGAAACGAUCACUAAUCUUUUUAACCUCCAACUCCUCAACGUCAGCUUCAACCGCAUCCAAGGCACCAUCCCAGCAAACAUAAGUCACUGUAUCAACCUCAAGGUUAUCGACUUCAUGGGAAACAGACUUUCAGGCCCGAUCCCUAUUGACUUGUCUCGUCUUCGUAACCUAAAGAUUCUUGACAUCACCAUCAAUAAGCUCACAGGGACAGUUCCUCUAUCCUUCUACAACAUGUCUUUGCUGGAAGUUUUUGCUGUAGCUUCUAACGAUUUAAGGGGAGAGAUACCUUACAAUAUUGGUGAUACACUCCCAAAUCUUCUUGAUUUCAACUUUUGCAUCAAUAGAUUCACAGGUACUAUUCCUGGUUCGCUACACAACCUCACGAAUAUAAGAAACAUCCGAAUGGCGCAUACCCAAAUGCAUGGAACAGUGCCACCUGGACUAGGAAACCUUCGUGAGCUAACGUUGUACAAUAUUGGGCACAAUAAUAUUGUUAGCGAACAAGGUGAGGGUCUUGGGUUCUUGAAUUCUUUUGUAAAUAGUACAAAGCUUGAAUUCCUAGCUAUUGAUGGAAACCAUUUUGAUGGUGUUAUUCCGGAGUCCAUAGGGAAUCUUUCCAAAACACUUAGAAAUUUGUACAUGGGUUCGAACAGGAUAUCGGGAAGCAUCCCCUCCUCAAUUGGUCAACUGAAAGGUCUAGCGUUACUGAAUUUAAGUUACAACUCCAUUUCGGGUAAAAUCCCUCGUGAAAUAGGCCAGUUGGAAAACCUACAAGAGCUUUUUCUAGCCAAAAAUAGAUUCACUUCAAAUAUUCCGAAUUCAUUGGGUAAUCUUGGAAGGUUGACGCAUAUUGAUUUGUCAAGCAAUGAAUUGGGUGGAAGUAUACCCAAAAGUUUUACCAAUUUGAAGAGGCUAAUUUCAAUGGAUCUCUCUAUGAAUAAGCUGAAUGGAAGUAUACCCAGAGAAGUUCUAAAUCUCCCAAGUUUAAGCAUCAUCCUCAAUCUUUCCAGCAACUCAUUGACAGGCUCAUUGCCUCCAGAAAUUGGUAGCCUGGAAAGAGUGGUGACAGUUGAUCUCUCCAACAAUAAUUUAUCGGGGGACAUUCCAAAGUCGAUCCAGAAUUGUAAGAGCUUGGAACAGCUGAUCAUAUCUAAAAAUUCGCUCUCUGGAAACAUUCCAAAUAGUUUGGGGGAAUUAAAAGGUUUGGAAACACUCGACCUCUCUUCGAAUCAACUCUCGGGUUCAAUCCCUCUUGAGCUUCAAAAUUUAAACGUCCUAAAACUAUUAAACCUUUCUUUUAACAACUUGGAAGGAAAGGUUCCAAGUGAUGGGAUAUUCUCGAAUCUCACAAGAGUUCAUCUUGAAGGCAACCCAAAGCUAUGUCGCGAUUCCCAAUGCACAAGAGAUGACACCAACAAAGUAGUUGUCAUCUUAGUCGUGGUAAUAUCUUCAGUAAUAGCAAUACUUAUUAUAUCAAUCGCAUUGUUUUUCUACUUCCGGAAACACAAGGCAAUUACGAUCAUGGAGACUCUUGAUUCCUUCAAGGACCAGCAUCAAAUCGUGACAUAUGACCAGCUAUGCUCUGCAACUGGGAAUUUCGAUGAGGAAAACCUGAUUGGUCGUGGGAGUUUUGGGUCUGUCUACAAAGGGUAUCUCCAUCUCAAAGGAAGAUCCAUGGAAAUUGCUGUGAAGGUUCUUGACAUGGAAACCACUGGCUCAUUGACUAGCUUCUUAGCCGAAUGUGGUGUUCUUCGGCAUCUCAGGCAUAGGAAUCUUGUGAAACUGAUUACUUCCUGUUCCAGUUUGGAUCCCAAAAACAAGGAAUUUCGUGCUCUGGUGUAUGAAUACAUGAAGAAUCGGAGUUUGGAAAGUUGGAUAGGGAAAGAAAUGGGGUUGCUGGAGAGAUUAAAUGUGGCAAUUGAUGUAGCAUGCGGGUUGACCUAUCUCCACCAUGAAUGUGUGGUAGCUCCAGUGGUGCAUUGUGAUCUAAAGCCAAGUAACAUUCUAUUGGAUGAAAAUUUUACUGCUAAAAUCGGUGAUUUUGGGCUUGCUAGAAUGUUGCUUGAGAAAGAUAAACUUGUUAGCUCUAGCCAUGUUCUUAAAGGUUCAAUGGGUUACAUACCUCCAGAAUAUGGUAUGGGAGCAAACCCAUCUACUAAAGGAGAUGUAUACAGUUACGGAAUUAUGGUUAUGGAGAUAUUUAGCGGGAAAAGACCAACAGACGAGAGCUUUGUGGGUGGUUUGAGCCUCAAGACAUGGGUGCAGUCGGCUUUCCCAGGGAACUUAGAUCAAGUGGUGGAUCAUGACCUGAUUCAAGAUCCAGAAGAGUUGUGCUCAGAAGAGUUAUGUCUGGAUGCUCGUUCCAUGAACCUGAAAAUGAAACUUCAUUGCCUCUCAACUGUCAUGGGGGUUGCGCUUUCUUGUGCUAACGAUACCCCUGAAGGACGAAUCACCAUUAUUGAGGCUUUGCGCAAACUCAAGAGUGUUCAAGAUAUGUUUCGUAAAUCUCCAUCAAUGAAAGGCAGGUAUUGAUAAAUCGGAAUGAUUUGAUGCAAGAUGCUAUAUUUCUAGGUUGUAUGUUUAUUCAAUGAAAGGGAAGUACUAAUAAAUCAGGAUGAUUGGAUCCAUUCGUAUAUACGUGUGUG